CACCCUCUCUCGCUCUCUCUCUCUCCAUCUCUCUCUGUCCCGUUCCCCCUUUCCCCCGCCUCUCUCCGCCCUGCCGCCGGCGGCCCUGGCAGAGCAGGCACUGCAGGGGGAUCUCAAUGUAACACCAUGACAGGCAUCGCCGCCGCCUCCUUCUUCUCCAAUACCUGCAGGUUCGGGGGCUGCGGGCUCCACUUCCCAAGCCUGGCUGAGCUCAUCGAGCACAUUGAGGACAACCACAUCGAUACAGACCCACGUGUGUUAGAGAAACAAGAACUACAACAGCCAACAUAUGUUGCUCUAAGUUACAUUAACAGAUUUAUGACUGAUGCAGCUCGCCGUGAGCAAGAAUCCUUGAAGAAAAAGAUUCAGCCUAAACUCUCUUUGACUUUGUCAAGCUCAGUGUCCCGUGGGAAUGUAUCUACUCCACCCCGCCACAGCAGUGGAAGCCUUACUCCUCCAGUCACGCCCCCAAUCACUCCCUCCUCCUCAUUUCGAAGUAGUACACCAACAGGUAGCGAAUAUGAUGAGGAAGAAGUAGACUAUGAAGAAUCAGACAGUGAUGAGUCCUGGACCACAGAAAGCGCCAUCAGCUCGGAAGCUAUUCUCAGUUCAAUGUGUAUGAAUGGAGGGGAUGAGAAGCCUUUUGCCUGUCCUGUUCCUGGAUGUAAAAAGAGAUAUAAGAAUGUGAACGGUAUAAAGUACCAUGCCAAGAAUGGCCACAGAACACAGAUCCGUGUACGCAAACCAUUCAAAUGUCGUUGUGGAAAGAGUUACAAGACAGCUCAGGGCUUGCGGCACCACACAAUCAAUUUCCAUCCCCCAGUGUCUGCUGAGAUUAUCAGGAAGAUGCAGCAAUAACAUGCUGGUCACAAAUGUGCCAAGAAAUCCUCACCAGCAGUUGCUGAUUUUGAAAACAGCCACCUUUUUCAGGGGAAGCAUUCAGCAACCCU